AUGUUUAACAAAUUUAGAUUAUUGUUCGUUUUUUCGAUUUCAUUAAUUUCUUUAAAUUGUGCGCCAAACAGACCUAUAGUAAUAACAACAUGGAAUUUCGUUAAUUCAACCAUUUCUGCUUGGGAAGUCUUAAAAGGUGGCGGUACAGCAUUAGACGCCAUAGAGAUUGGUGCUUCAGUUUGUGAAGAUCAACAAUGUGAUGGAACAGUGGGGUAUGGGGGAAGUCCAGAUGAAGAUGGUGAGACAACUUUGGAUGCAUUAAUUAUGGAUGGGAGGACAAUGAAUGUAGGUGCUGUUGGUGCUCUUCGCAGAAUAAAAAAUGCAAUAGGUGUUGCCAGACAUAUUUUGGAGAAUACAAAGCAUUCUAUACUUGUUGGGAGUCAGGCAACACAGUUUGCAGUACAAAUGGGAUUUAAUGAACAAUCUCUAACAACCCUAGAAUCUAAGAAGCUAUGGACUACAUGGGCAAAUGAGCAUAACUGCCAACCUAACUUCUGGAUGAAUGUUAAACCAGAUCCCAAUAAGUAUUGUGGACCAUAUCACCAUGUUUAUGAUAAGAAUGUGAAAAUAAAAGGCAAAUUACAACAUAAUAUAAAGUUUGAUAGAUACAAUCAUGAUACAAUUGGCAUGGUUGCAAUAGAUACAAAUGGAGAUAUUGCUGCAGGUACAUCAACAAAUGGAGCCAAAUAUAAAAUACCUGGAAGAAUUGGUGACUCGCCCAUACCUGGAUCUGGUGCAUAUGCUGACAAUGAAGUUGGUGCAGCAACAGCUACUGGAGAUGGAGAUAUAAUGUUGAGAUUUUUGCCUAGUUUUCUAGCAGUUGAAGAAAUGCGCCGGGGAGCCACUCCACUAAAUGCUGCAGAAACAGCUAUAAAGAGGAUAGCAAAACAUUAUUCAAAUUUUAUGGGGGCUGUUAUAGCAGUUAACAAGAAUGGAAACUAUAGUGCUGCAUGCCAUGGUUUAGGGGACUUGCCAUUUCCCUUUGUUGUAUAUGAUAGCUCUCACAAAGAAUAUCUAAUUCAGAAAGUGAAGUGUUCAUGA